AUGCUGUUCACCUCGCCGGUGAUGCUUCGAAGUCGGAGCAAGCGGCUGUUCGUCCAGCUAAAGAGUGCGGCCAUGACGAACUUCUGCUACAUGACAAGGAAGUCGCCGGAGAAGAAAAACUUUCGCAUUGCCCUUCGAAAAUAUGACCCCGGAGUCAACAAACACGUGAUGUUUUAUGAGGCCCGACUACCGUCCGAGAAAAACAAGAAACAAAUUACUCUCUCCCUACAGCGGUAUAUUCGCUGGACAGGAAAACAAGUGAAACUUCUUCUCGACAAAGUCGAGAAAGCGUGGGAAUAUGGACGAUUUCAAAAGUACUUCGACAAUCAGGCCCCGCUACUCACAGACCGACGCGGAAGAGCUGUUCCACGGUACAAAUGA